AUGACGGGUGACAGCGAUGGCAAAUGCGAAUGCGACAGUGAGAACGGCGACGUGAGCGGCAAGUGGGCGAGCGAGCGACAAGCGAGCGAGGUCAAGGGCAAGGGCGGCGGCAAGGGCAAGGGCAGUGGCGAGGGCAAGGGCAGCGGCAAGGGCAAGGGUGGUGGCAAGGGCAAGGGCGGCGGCAAGGGCAACGGUGUGAGAGAGAAAUGA